GGUGGGAGAAAGUGAUUUGCACCGCAUUGUGGGUACGUUUUUUAUUCAUCAUUAGUUUAUUACCCAAGUUUUCUGAAAGAAAAGCAUAAAUGAAUUUCCAGGUAAAGCUAGAGUCACUCCGCAUCGAGGCGAUGAUGAGUGGACUGAGGGAGGAGUGUUUCAAUUCGUGUUGCAAGAGUCUCUCUCAGAAUGAAUUAACGACCGAUGAGGUUAAUUGUAUUGACCGCUGCUCCUGGCGUUACUUGCAUACAUACAAGAUUGUUAAUGAUGCUCUGAAUCGAGGCAUGCACAACGAAAAAAAUAAGACAUUCUAAUGAUUUAGGCAUCCACCGUUUCAGCGCGUCCUUUAUCAUUUUCAUGUAUUUUCCGCUCUUUGUUUUGGAGAUCUUUUGAGUACUCAUAUCAAAAGUACUAUGUGUGUGUAGAUUUUGCCGAUUAGUGGACGACUUGAGAUGCGUUUAGGCAAGUUGUUUGCAUUUGUGAGUUUUCGUAACACUUCUUAUGCAUGGAAGCUUUAUGUCUAAGCUUGACUAACAAGAUAUAAUGAA